AUGGUUUUACUUGAGGCCGAAGGGCUUCUCCUGGUCUCUAGCGGAUUCCCUCUGCUGGCUGCUGUGCUGUUGUUGCUGUUGGUCUAUCUUUGCUCCACUGGUGGGAGCAAGCCAAGGAAUGGAACUCAACCUCCAGGACCCAAGCCACUGCCUCUUCUGGGUAACCUGCUGCAGCUGGAUCUGAAGAAGCUCCAUGAGUCGCUAUGUGAGCUUUCCAAGAAGUAUGGAACUGUCUUUACAAUUCAUUUUGGGCCUAAGAAAGUGGUGGUACUAGCCGGAUACAAGACUGUUAAACAGGCCCUUGUGAACCAUGCAGAAGAGUUUGGGGACAGAGACAUCUCUCCUAUGUUUCAUGAUAUCAACAAAGGACAAGGAAUUAUAUUUUCCAAUGGAGAGAACUGGAAAACAAUGAGACGUUUUGCCCUCACAAACUUGCGAAACUUUGGGAUGGGCAAGAGAAGGAGUGAGAAGCAAAUUCUAGAUGAGACACGACACCUGAUAGAAGUAUUUGAAAAAUUAGAGGGUACAACAUUUGAUACGACUCAGCCAGUGAACUAUGCCGUAUCUAACAUCAUCAGUGCCAUUGUGUAUGGCAGCAGGUUUGAGUAUGACGACCCCAGGUUUCAGGCCAUGGUCAAAAGAGCCAGCGACAACUUUCGGCUUACGGCCUCUGUAGCUGUACAGCUCUACAACAUGUUUCCAUGGUUAAAGUCAUUUCUGAAGGAGGCAUCAAAUGUCAUAAAUAAUAGUAGAGAGAAUUGUAAAAAGAUAAAGGGUUAUAUCGAGAACCUGCUGGCGACUUUGAACCCAGAGGACAGCCGCGGCUUUGUAGACUCUUUUCUUAUAUCCCAGCAGGACACUGAGACAUCAGGCCAGAAGGACACCCUGUUCCAUCAAGAGAAUCUGAUAUUUUGUGUGAGCAACCUUUUCUCAGCCGGCACCGACACCACGGCAACCACACUGCGCUGGGGACUGCUACUUAUGGCCAAACAUCCCCACAUACAGAAGCGAGUUCAUGAAGAGAUCGACAGGGUGAUCGGUCGCAGCCAGCCUGUGCUUGAGUAUAGGAAGAAUCUGCCGUACACCCACGCUGUGAUCCAUGAGAUCCAGAGAUUCGCCAACAUCUUCCCCUUAAAUCUUCCUCACAUCACGAGUUGUGAUGUGCAUUUCCAGGGAUUCUUCAUUAGAAAGGGCACCAGUGUGAUUCCUCUGCUCACCUCAGUGUUGAGGGAUGAAUCUGAAUGGGAGAAACCGUACCUCUUCUACCCAGAACACUUCCUAGAUGACAUGGGGCACUUCGUCAAAAGGGACGCUUUCCUGCCUUUCUCGGCAGGACGCCGAGUGUGUGCGGGAGAGGGUCUGGCCAAGAUGGAGCUCUUCCUCUUCUUCACCGCUCUUCUUCAGCGCUUCUGUUUCACUCCUCCUCCUGGAGUCUCUGAGGAAGAGCUGGACCUCACGCCAGUCCUGGGAUCCACCCUCAACCCUUCCCCCCACAAGCUGUGUGCCGUCAGCCGCUCCUGA